UGUCAGUCAGGUACUGUCAGUUAAUGACAUUCGUAGUAAUGAACAAUGAAACAAUUAUUGGGAUUCCAAUAGGAAAAUAUAAUUUCGAUUAUGUUUUGCUUUGUGUUAUGUGUUGAACGUUUCAAAGUUUUAUUCCAAUCGUCGCAGAUGGCUUGUUGAUUUAGUGAUAGGAAUGCUCCAAAAUUUGUUAUCCAUGUCGGGACUAGGAGGUUGUAAUCAAGAUUGUUCUGGUCGUGGAGAAUGUCACAAUGGAACUUGUCUCUGUGAAAUAAGAUUCACAGGAGAUAUAUGUGAUGACCCCAAUAUCCCAUAUCAUGCUGGAAUCGGUGGUGUUUUCUUCUUGGUGGCUCUUGUCUGUGCCAUCCAACUUAUAAUGUGCAUAUUAUCAGAGUAUCACAGGUUGAAAACUCCAACUUUGUUGAAGGCAUGUAGAGUUACAACACAGAAAUGCAUAUAUCUGGUUAUAUGCUUAGCAAGUUUGAUUCGUGGGGCCUAUUUCAUGUCACCGGAUUCUUUCAAAUACAAUUGGUCAACGAGUCUACUUUCCUCUUAUUAUCCUUUGUUGAUGUCAAGUGCUUCGUUGAUUGUGUGCUUUUGGGCAGAGAUUUUCCACCUUAAGAACAUCCGUUGGGAAAAGCCACAGUUCAUUUCGAAAUCAUUCCUUGGUUUCGUCACUUUCAACAUCAUCAGCUACGGUCUACUACUUGCAGAGAUAGUAACAACGCAGCUCUUCCCACCCCCUGAGAAUGAUCCUGAUUUUUACAGCCAUCUCUUUAACGGAUGCUACGCCGUUUUAUUGUUCAUCGUAGUUAUUUUCUUCCUCAUAUAUGGUGUUGAAGUUUAUUUCAAGGUACGCGGAGGUUUCAUCAGCGAGCCUCUCCACUUGGCGGGAAGACACGAGAACGAACCACUACGGGCAUAUCACGAGUCACACCUACGACCACCGGUUAACGCAUCGCAACUCAACCAAUCCCGCAUCGGUCUCUUGAGUCAAGCGUUCAUGCUGAUCAUCAUAGUCGGCUUUCUGUUCUCCGAGACGCUGUCCGAAUUCUGGAAGACGAAGGUGCCGAUCAACUCCAGGAACUGGCACGAUGUCGUGUUUCGCACUGUAGAAAUAGGCGUGGCAGUUUGGUUUCCGGCUGUGUUGUGGAACUGCAUGCAUCCAGGCGAGCUAUGGAUUCUGAAUCCGCAGAAGUUACUUGUGAAAGUCGACGAUCAGUCGAAAGAUGACAAUUUCACCCAAGGCAAAGAAACAUCUGAAAUCGAUGGAAAGUUCAUCAACAAACGAGAGUGCUGGAUUUGUUAUGACAAUGACAAACCAGAUCCCCUUAUUCAACCCUGUGCUUGUACAGGAGACGUUUCAAGUGUUCACCAUGAUUGUCUCAGAAGAUGGCUUGUGGAAAGUUCUGCUUGCAAUCAGGAAUCACUCCGUUGCAAAGUUUGUAACUACCCGUACGAGGUAGCAAGUACCUCGAAGUUGGACUGGGAAAGGGGGUUCACCCCUCAGCAUUGGGGAUGCACCGCUGUUAUUGUCACUUGUUUGUGUCUGGUAGUUGCAGGUGCAUGGAUCACAAUUCAAUUGUACGAUAAUUCUUACAUCAGGAUGAUGAGUGCCAGUUUCGCCCUCUUGGUGGUCUAUAUAUGCAUAAGAUCACUGGGACAAAACACACUGAGUGCUUAUCAACGUGCUAAAGUGGCUUCUAUCAGUAUUCAUAAUCACGUCAGUACAAUUAGUGAAAAUGUGAAUGCAGAUGGAAAUAAUCACAUUCAAACGGCUCUUUAAUCUCUGGAAGCCAAUUUCUUCAGUUGGAACACAGUCGACUUGUGAUAUAAUUGAGUUUUAACUUUUAUAUGAACUAAGUACCACAUUAUGUAAGGAUCGUUAAGUUAGAUUUUACAGAGUAUGUGUUUGCUUGCACUUCCAAAAUAUCCAACGUCCAAGACAUUUAUCAAGUACAAACCGAAGUACAUACAAUCAUCUUUCUUAACCCUUCAAUCCACUCCUUUCUCUUUUUCGUUGUUGGAUUUUGGAAAUUUGUUCAUAUAUUUAAUGAAUUGAACUGAUGAUAUUUUUUGAAACUAAUCUUACACUGCCUUCUAUAAUGAGCAUGGAAGAACUUGUGUAGUAAGAAUGAAAAAAAAUUACAUGUAUUAAAAUGCACCUGGAAAAUUCCAUUACAUUAAUUUAUCAUUUCAAGUGCAUCACUUUCCAAUUAUUAAUACGACGGUAUAAAGCGAGAAGAGAUGAGUAAAUAUUUUUGAAUUCUAAAAUGGCCUAAUGAGAAAUUGAAAUAGAGAAAAAUAAGUCAUUCUGCGCUCUACGUAUUAAACUUCCUUUUUAUGAUCAUGAAAGUCAGUAUUACACCAUCACAAUAAAAUAAUUUGUUUAAUAUUGUUUUCCCAGUUCACUCUAUAUAAAAACACUAUAUUCAUUGUCUUAGGAAAACGCUCAUAUUAUCAUUCUAAAUCUUACACAUACGCUAGUUUUAGGUAAUUGGAGAGUUAUUAGAAAAAACAAUUUAAUAUAUAUUAAAUAAAUCAUCUGUUUAUGAUGAUUAUGGUACUUCAAAAUAUUCAAUAAAUGAUUUAAUUGUAUUUGAAUUUUCAAUAUUGAGAAGAUGUAUUGUUAGCGAUGUACAUUUCUUGUCAAUUUAAAUUGUGACAAAGCUUUGGAGUUUUUGUCGGAUUCAAAUUAAUGCAAAAAAUUCAGCCGGUGCUAAAAUAUUUAUGUAAGUUUUCGAAAAAUAAGAAUUGAGUUCUUCAUUUUUAUUCGAGUGCUACUUCUCAAUCAGGUUUGUAAGAUUUGAAAAUUUUCUGAUUGUUAUCUUCCAAUUAUCAAAAAAUUCUAAUAAAUGCUCAACAACGUAGGCAUAUUAGAAUAUAAAGUAUGCAGAUACCACUGCUCAUUUAUAUAAAGAGCCCAAAUGAAAGGUUGUGGAAUAUAAUUUCAUAGGAUGAUUUAUAUAUAUUAUUUUUGGGAUAUUUGAGAAGAUGUUUGAUUUUAUUUUAACGUAUCUCAAAUCUGUGCAAUUCAAAAUAAUUUCUUAAUGGAAAAGCUCUAUUUGAACUGUCUCCUUAUUUGAAAAGAAGGACAUCAUUGCUGGCGCUUCUUUGCGGUGUUAUAACCACACAAUUGUGAUCUUAUUUACCUUUUGUAUUUCAAAUUUCAACAAACUAUCGACAUUUGGAGAAAUAUCGUUAAUUUUAUUUCAGUGGAUAUAAAUUCCAACAAAAACAAUGAGCAGCCCAGUUCCUAUCUAUUGUCUUAAAAUUUAAAAAUUGUUUAAAAGGAAAUCUAUAAAUGUACUUGCCAAUUAAAAUGAUUAUGAGCGUAUGAAAUGGAGCUCCUGAUUGAUAUAAUUCGGAAUUUAUUAAUGUUCAUGCAUUCUUUUCAAUUUAAAGCUUUAAUUUUAAUUAGAUUAUAAAGAUUUAUUUCUAGUAGGUAUUGUAGAAUAUAGUUUUUUUUUGUUAUUUAUUUUAUGUGAAUAUAUUUUUUUCUUAGAA